GGGGAUCGGCCAUUUUUGUCGCAUCCUUCUUUUCGUGAUAAUUCAAGAUGAAGAUCGGUCUUUGCGCGUAUAGUGGAUAUAAAAUAUAUCCUGGUCAUGGUAAAACCAUGGUUAAAGUGGAUGGAAAAACAUUCACUUUCUUGAACUCAAAAUGUGAGUCCGCACAUUUAAUGAGGCGUAAUCCUAGGAAAGUUACAUGGACUGUACUAUACAGGCGGAAGCACAAGAAAGGUCAGGAGGAAGAGCAAGCAAAGAAGAGAACAAGGCGUACUCAGAAAUUUCAGCGUGCCAUUGUUGGUGCAUCUCUUACAGAUAUCUUAGCUAAACGUAAUAUGAAACCAGAAAUUCGUAAAGCACAAAGAGAUCAGGCAAUUAAAGCUGCCAAGGAACAGAAGAAAGCAGCAAAAGCAACAAAGAAAGCAGUUGUUGCUCCUAAGGCUAAGCCUGCACCAAAACAUAAAGCUGCGAAAGUAACACAAAAAUCUGCACCACGUGUUGGAGGAAAACGUUAAAUUCUGACACGAUAUAAAUAAAAUAAA